AGUCAAACAAGGAAGGGUUCACGACGCUGUAAGAUUUUGGGUUUCAAACCAGCGAUCGGAUCAGAAGAACCCUAAUUCGACGAGAGAUCUAAUCCAAUUUCUUUUGAUUUGAGAAAUGGCGUUGGGAGGUGGUCCGCAAAGAGGAACUGCUGCAGCUGCAGCUGCCAACAUGCGUCGUAGGAGGACUGGAGGAGGAGGUGCCAGUGGUGCUGCAGCAGGAGGUGCGAGCGGUACUAUGCUCCAAUUUUACACUGAUGAUGCUCCCGGCUUGAAGAUUUCUCCCAAUGUUGUGCUCGUCAUGAGCAUUGGUUUCAUAGCAUUUGUUGCUAUUCUUCAUGUCAUGGGCAAAUUGUACUUCCGUAGAGAAGCCUAGAAAAUAUCUUGCUCCCUUAACAACAAACACCUUUCCUUCUCCUGUCUCUUUCUGGUUUUGAAUCUUAUCUGAUGUUAUUAUAGAGUGAGUACUUUUCAUCUUCCAACCGGGGAUGUGCUGCUACAUUUGUUUUGGGACUCAAAAUCAAGUUACCUUAGUUGCUAUUCAUGUUCUGUAUCUGUCAUCAAUUUUUGGAUAUUCAUCCUCUGUUGGUUGGUUCAUGGGAUACAAGUACGUACUGUUGAGGGUAUUGAGCCA